AAGUUUUAUUUUCACAAGAAAUAUACAUAUAUAUUAUUUUCAAUCUUUGAUAAGGUUGUGAUUGUAAUUUGCAUAUGAAGUGAGUCUCACAGAAAAAGCAAAGAAUCCGUGCAGUGCAGAGGUGCUUCCAUUUCCAUUUCCAGCAUGAGUGAGAGUGAGACUAACCCCAAAACCAAAACCAAAACCACUCUUCCACCUUCUUCUUCUUCCUCCUCCCAUGGCGAUCAUGGCUCAACCAAAUAUUCAACCCACAAGAGCCAUAUCAACCCACCAGAGACAUCGAUUCCCGAUGCCGCAACUCUGAGAGAUCAAUGGAAAUACGCAAUCAGACAGUACAGUAAAUGGUACUCUCACGCUUGGGGUACUGCCAUUCUUGCUGGAACUGCUUUCUUUGCCCUUGGUUGGUUUAUCAAAGGAGAAAACCCCAUACCCUCUUUCAACUCCAACAAUAACAACUCUUCUUCCUCUCACGGUGAUAACAAGGACAAACCUUCCCAACCCCAUUGAUGCAAUUUUUCUACUGUUCUCUUCCCGCUGCUUCAUUCUCUUCUUCUGGGCGACUGCCAAAUUGGAAUGAAGUCACAUAAGAGCUGGUUUUUGGUGACAGUGCCCUGAAGCCUGAAGUGAAGGGUCACCUUGAUUGCAAUGGAUCUAUGGAAGUUUAAGGCCUUUUUGUAUUGAAAAAACUAAAUACUAUGUUUUUAUUCUGUUAUCACUUUUAGUUACAAGAUGCUACUACUUUAUAUUCACUGUGUUUUUUGCUUUUUAAGUUUUGUACAGAAAAUUGUAAUAACAAUAAAAGUUGUUUUCACUGUUUAUAUGACUUUAUUUGAAAAGUGUAUUUUUGUAAAUAAAAACGAAGAUAGAGAGCAUAUUAUCGAGAUAAA